AACUUGAACGUUAACCUGAAUCAGUUAGUGACACGGUCCUCUACUGCCCGUCGCGCGAAGUGAACCGACCAGCUUUAGUGACAACGUGGUCGGCUCUCGAGUCCUUGAAGCAGAAAGUUCAGACAAGUAAAGUAAUUUAGCCAGGCUCAAUGGGCCAAUUAAUUUAGCGUCUCCAAGAAUCACGCUUUAAUUCAACUAAGCCAUGCGUCGAAGCCAACCUUGUUUGUUUUCGUUGAUAUGACUUGGACGAAAUUUUUGGGUUUGGUUCUUGUUGAACCACGACUUUCACGUACGCAUCAAUGACUGCACUCGAUCUGCACAAUGCACUUUUCACAUCAGACAAACGACUCGUCAAUGCUAUGCCUACUACGCCUACCCCCAUGACACAUACACGUACUCUUUCGCUCACGACAGCCCAAGAACAAUUACACAACCCUACAUCCUCAACCUACAACACCCCGACCUUUCAUGACCUGCUCUCACGCCAACCACUUCAUCCAGACGGUCCACGACACUGGGACCUUGGUCUUGACCUCACGGGAGACCCGAUAACAGCAGCAGAAUGUAAAAGCCUCCAAGACCGGUUCAUGAAAGCAAAACUUCGUCGCUUAAAGUGGAUAUGCGGGGUUUUUGAAGUUGUUCUUGGUAUAUGGGCUAUAUACUGCACGAUUCGCUAUUCCCUCGCAUUUCAAACGGCUCUUACGGGCGAUGUGCACAUACCCACGCUUGCGCUCGUGCUUUGCGUUAUUUCUGGUAUCAGUGUCGCGGGAGUGGUCGUGACGCUUUUUAUGCCGCUUCUUCCAGAAGACGGAGAUAGGUUCGUUCGUGCUGCGAGGAUGAUCUCAAGAGGAUCUUUUGUUGUAUUGAUAAUCGCGAUGUCGAUCGCGAAUCUUGUCCUUAUUUUGAUAUGGAGGCCUGUGGAUAGAUGUGGGUGGAAUAUGGAUGUUUCGUGGUCAACGACAGUUGCCAUCGCUGGGGAUUCGACAGCAAGGCAAUGUCGCACUGCGAGUUUUGCAGCUUGGAUAAUUGUUGCAUCUUUAAGGGUUAUUGCUACGUUAAUCAUUAUCCUGUUGUACCUUUACUUCUUGAGAGCGUAUUCCGAAGCGAGGCAUCCUUCGAGAUAUACCAGAGAGACGUACUACUACCCGCCAUUAAUGACCUCGGAGGGUGUUGUAAACUCACCUGUGUCCACUAUGGACUCACCUGUAUCUACUCCCGACCCGUCGCCAUCAGGAACGCACUUCAACUUCAACAAGUUAAUACAGACUCGAGCUGGACUAGGAAGGUCUGACUCGACAAUAGCACUAACUAAUUCAAGCAUCACCCUCGCGCCUUCCCCCUCUUUUUCUUCCUCCCCCUCUCAUUCCCACACCCAAGCCAUACACACACAAUCCUCCAACCCCGCACCCCCAGUUUCUAACCGGAUAUGGCGAAAUUGGACGAAUCUGCGGCUAUCAAUGAAAGACCGUCAAAGGCACAAUAAUCUUUCCGACACAGUCACACCCCGGACGCUGCGCCGGCAGAACCGUACUGGUAUGCCGAGUGAACAUAUCUUGCUGAAUACGAAUACAACACCCGGUGCCUGGGAGGAGUGCACGGAAGUGUUUGCCGACGGUACUGGUCUUGGUCCGUGUGCGUCGGAAUUAGAUCAGUCCGUGGGCGUUGCUGAAGACGGUCAGGGUGUGCGUGCGAUGGGGGACCACAGGAAUAGGACUGAUUCUCCAUUGGCGAUGGACUCGGAUGCAGGCAGCCGUGACUCUGACUCUGUCUAUUCUUACGGAUAUGGGGCCUCAGAACCGGCAUACCCCUAUCUGGAAAUUUACAACAACCCCGCACCGCCGGCUGCUGCUAAUGAUAAUAUCAUUCCUACCCAACAACCCCGAUCGUCCGCGGCAGAUAUAGCGCGGGGAGACACCAUCGAACCUAGAAUGUCGCUAACGACCAUAGAAUCGGGUGAAGAAGAAGACGAACUGAUACCCAUAAUGGGCGGUUUCGUACGACGGAUGGCUACCAUCCAGUCAUUCGGGUCUCAAGAAGCUGGGUUGUCGAUGGGUCGCUCGCGCUUCUCGAGGGGUUCGGUUUCCGAGAUGCAUGCACCCGCGUCUCCGCGUUCGUCUAUUGGAUGGACGCCUUCUAUGGCGUCUACGUUGAGCAAGAAUAACUCGCUUGGGACUGGCUCUGCUUAUUUUUCUGCGUCGAGUGAGUUGGGGAUGGGGACGGGGAGUUCUGGGCGUGGUGUGGGAGUCAAUGAGCGGGGCGAGUUGGAAGCGAAGAUGACGACGAGUCCGCCUUCAUACGGUCGAUAUCACUAUAGCCGAGAAGCAUUACAGGAUUAUCACUAUCUCAAUCUGUCACAUCUGCAUCUCAUUUCCAUAAGUACGAAAGGAGGUGUUGAUAUUAAUGCUGUUUGCCUAUUUUUGAAAGCAGUCCUUGAUGGAUGAUGUGGAAUGGACGCUGGCCAGAGUUUUAUGUAGGCAAGAGCGAAAAAGCAUAUAUAACGAGAGCAUGAGGCCAGAUAGGCUAUACCGCAUCCAGAUAUGAAACGGGACGUAGGCUCAAGAUAGUAGAUUGUGACAAGGUUCCGGUUCCGGGAAUGCCAUAAGGUGGAUCAUCGAUGAUGUCCCGGCACCGACGUCGGCGGAAGGAAUAGAAGCUGUAUAUCAAGCGGUGUUACAUCUCUUCAACCAUCGUGCCAUACGACCGUUUACACGUAGGAAAUCUGUUCCACUUGCCUUUUGGGAGCGGCCGCCGCUUGAGUCUAUAAUACCCCCAAAGGUAUUGAAUACUUUAUGAUAAUCGUAAUGGUAAUAUUAUUACGCGCGCCUGUUUCCUGGUACCACCCUGCUCGUUGCAAACGUACUUGCUGCAUCGUGCAUGCGGCGACCCAACGGAAGCAACUAGACUGACACUUUCUGCCAUACAGUUCCGC